AUGAGCGGCUUGAAUGGAGAUGAUCCUGACGACUAUUACUUAAAUGCUAACCAAGAUGAAGAGUCUCUGCUUAGAUCAAGACAUAGUGUCGGCUCAGGAGCACCUCACAGACAAAAUUCUUUGGUGCGGCCUGAAAGAAGUCGGCUGAACAAUCCUGAUAAUCCACAUUUUUAUUAUGCACAGAAAACGCAAGAGCAGAUGAAUCAUUUGGAUGUUUUACCAUCAAGUACCGGUGUGAACCCAAAUGCAGCUCGUCGAAGUGGCUCAUUGCGCUCCAAAGGAUCGGUAAGAAGUAAAGUAAGUGGCCCUGAAACGGAUGGCUAUCUUUUACAGGACAUGAAUACUACUGACAAGAAGGAUUCCGUCAAAGUAAGCAAUGAAGGUGUUGCCGAAGAAGAAUUUGACAAAGACGGCACUGAAUUUGAUGCGGAUAAUUUCGAAGAAAGUUCCGUGCAGCCUAUAAGUAGGCCUAUUAAGCCAUUAAGAAAAGAAAGGAAUGACACGCUAUCAUUUUGGCAGAUGUAUUGUUAUUUCAUUACAUUUUGGGCUCCAGCUCCGAUCCUUGCGUUUUGCGGAAUGCCUAAAAAGGAAAGACAGAUGGCGUGGAGGGAAAAGGUCGCCUUGAUUUCUGUCAUCUUAUAUAUUGGUGCGAUUGUGGCUUAUUUGACUUUUGGCUUUACCAAAACUGUUUGUAGCAGUUCCAAACUACGUUUGAAAAACAACGAGGUGUCAACAGAAUUUGUUGUCAUUAAUGGUAAGGCAUAUGAAUUGGAUACAUCCUCACGUUCUGGAAUACAAGACGUCGAAGUGGAUUCGAACACCCUUUAUGGGCCCUGGUCGGAUGCUGGUAAAGAUGCUUCGUUCUUGUUUCAAAAUGUGAAUGGUAACUGUCACAACCUUAUAACUCCGAAAGCCAACUCCUCUAUUCCUCAUAAUGAUGAUAAUGAUUUAGCAUGGUAUUUUCCAUGUAAGUUAAAAAAUCAAGAUGGCUCUUCAAAGCCGAAUUUCACCGUUGAGAAUUACGCAGGAUGGAACUGCCAUACUGCUAAAGAUGAUAGGGAUGCGUUUUAUGGUUUAAAGGCGAAGGCAGAUGUUUACUUCACCUGGGACGGUAUAAAGAACUCCUCUAGGAACUUGAUUGUUUACAAUGGUGACGUUUUAGAUUUGGAUCUGCUCGACUGGUUAGAAAAAGAUGAAGUUGACUACCCUGUUGUAUUCGAUGACUUGAAAACUUCAAACUUACAGGGUUAUGAUCUCUCAUUGGUUUUGUCCAAUGGACAUGAGAGAAAAAUUGCGAGAUGUUUAAGCGAAAUUAUCAAAGUUGGUGAAGUAGAUUCUAAAACUGUCGGUUGUAUUGCAUCUGAUGUUGUCCUGUAUGUCUCUCUGGUAUUUAUUCUUUCUGUGGUGAUAACUAAAUUCUUGAUCGCCUGCUAUUUCCGUUGGACAGUGGCUAGGAAACAAGGGGCGUAUAUUGUGGACAAUAAGACAAUGGAUAAGCACACUAACGAUAUCGAAGAUUGGUCAAAAAAUAUUCAAACAAAGGCUCCUCUAAAGGAGGUGGAUCCCCAUUUGAGACCAAAAAAAUACUUAAAAAAGCCAUUGGGACACAAGCGUACUUCAACUUUUGAUUUGCUGAAAAAACACAGCUCUAAAAUGCUCCAAUUGAAUGAAUCUGUGAUAGAUCUGGACACCUCUUUAAGUAAUUCAUUACAAUCAUCUGGUUCAUACAGAGGAAUGACAACAAUGACUACCCAAAAUGCUUGGAAACUGUCCAAUGAAAACAAAGCCAUACAUUCCCGUAAUCCUUCUACUCUCUUACCCACCUCUUCUAUGUUUUGGAACAAAGCUACCUCUUCUCCUGUACCAGGAUCGUCAUUAAUCCAAAGUCUUGACUCCACGAUUAUACAUCCGGAUAUCGUUCAACAGCCACCACUGGACUUCAUGCCAUACGGAUUCCCAUUGAUUCAUACCAUUUGUUUCGUUACCUGUUACUCGGAGGAUGAAGAGGGUUUAAGAACGACACUAGAUUCUCUUUCCACUACAGAUUAUCCAAAUUCUCAUAAAUUAUUGAUGGUUGUAUGUGACGGUUUGAUUAAGGGCUCAGGUAACGACAAGACCACCCCGGAGAUAGCGUUAGGAAUGAUGGACGAUUUUGUCACCCCACCAGAUGAAGUCAAACCUUAUUCUUAUGUAGCUGUUGCUUCCGGUUCUAAGAGACAUAAUAUGGCGAAAAUAUAUGCGGGUUUUUACAAAUAUGAUGAUUCUACUGUUCCUCCAGAAAAUCAGCAACGUGUUCCAAUAAUUACGAUUGUGAAGUGUGGUACUCCUGCAGAACAAGGUGCCGCUAAACCUGGUAAUAGAGGGAAGCGUGAUUCUCAAAUCAUUCUCAUGUCCUUUUUAGAGAAAAUAACGUUUGAUGAAAGAAUGACUCAAUUGGAAUUCCAGCUUUUAAAAAAUAUCUGGCAGAUUACAGGGUUAAUGGCAGACUUUUACGAAACGGUACUUAUGGUCGAUGCUGAUACUAAAGUUUUCCCCGAUGCUUUAACUCAUAUGGUUGCUGAAAUGGUUAAAGAUCCUUUAAUCAUGGGUCUUUGUGGUGAGACAAAGAUCGCUAAUAAGGCGCAGUCUUGGGUAACUGCAAUUCAAGUUUUUGAGUAUUAUAUUUCGCAUCAUCAAGCUAAAGCUUUUGAAUCUGUAUUUGGUUCAGUUACUUGUUUACCAGGAUGUUUCUCGAUGUAUCGUAUAAAAUCACCCAAGGGUUCGGAUGGUUACUGGGUACCUGUAUUGGCAAACCCAGAUAUUGUUGAGAGAUAUUCUGAUAAUGUUACCAACACUUUGCAUAAAAAAAACCUAUUGUUACUAGGUGAAGAUAGAUUUUUAUCUUCUUUGAUGUUGAAGACGUUUCCUAAGAGAAAGCAAGUUUUUGUUCCAAAAGCCGCCUGUAAAACCAUUGCUCCUGAUAAAUUCAAAGUCUUACUUUCUCAACGUCGAAGAUGGAUCAAUUCUACAGUGCAUAACCUUUUUGAAUUGGUUUUAAUUAAAGAUUUGUGCGGUACCUUCUGUUUCUCCAUGCAAUUUGUGAUCGGUAUCGAAUUGAUUGGUACUAUGGUGUUGCCCUUAGCCAUUUGCUUUACUAUUUAUGUAAUUAUUUUUGCCAUUGUGUCAAAACCUACACCUGUAAUCACUUUAGUUUUGCUGGCAAUUAUACUUGGUUUGCCUGGCUUAAUCGUUGUUGUAACUGCUACAAGAUGGUCAUACCUGUGGUGGAUGUGCGUGUAUAUUUGUGCUUUACCCAUUUGGAAUUUUGUGCUACCCUCAUACGCAUACUGGAAAUUUGAUGACUUUUCAUGGGGUGAUACAAGAACCAUUGCUGGUGGCAACAAAAAGGCACAAGAUGAGAAUGAAGGUGAGUUUGAUCAUUCGAAGAUUAAAAUGAGGACUUGGAGGGAAUUUGAAAGGGAAGAAAUUCUUAAUCGAAAGGAGGAAACAGGCUCCUUGGUUGCAUAG